AUGUAAUAAUUAGCUUCCUCCUUAAUUCGACCAUUCGCACCAUAAUUGCUUACGUAUCACCUCACAUUAUGGCGCACACAGCACACAUCAUUCCAUGGAAAGCCUUGGCCUCAAACCUGCAAUGGGCCGGCUCAAGCUCUUGCUACAACGGCGCGACUAAUCUUCACCCCCGCUUCAGCCGCGAUCUGGGCAAGGAGUUGACGCACUUCGUGGAAGGGCUCGUUCGAGCGAUUGACGAGGAUUCAAAACUGGAGCGCAGCAAGUAUCCCGAAAGAUACGACCCGCCAGAGCGCGAUGACCUGAUCCUAGACGACAGGAUUGUUAGGAAGAUCAGCCCCACCAUUCUCCAACUGGACAUUUAUACCCAGAUCGAGGCAAAACUGGCCAGGCCACAACGCUGUCAACAUAGGGGGCACGCAGCAUGCAAAUGUACCAUCCCUUGCGAGGAGAGACUAGCGUCCUCAUUCCUUCGAAAAUGGGAAUACAACGACUGCUACCAGUUUUUCGAGGUCAACGGCGACGCCUUCUUCAACCUUGAGGUGGUCAAGACUCUCCUUUUGCACGGCGAGAUGGACCCGAUUCUCCGCGUGUGCGCCCAUCCUGACGUGGACCUGGCGAGCUGUUGGUCAAGGAGCCAGUGCUAUGAUAUGAUUUUUGAUCUUGGAUGGGAGCACAUCUGCAGGGAUGCACUAUACGCGCUCAUCUGCUUGAAUGUGUUGCGCAGCCUCCCAGAGACAUGGGACCAAGCCUCGGGCGAAAACAAGAAGGACUACCGCCAAACCAGGGUUUACCAAUACGCGCUCAGAAACUGCACACUAUCCGGUCUGACCUCAGAGGUGGCCACACAUCCGCAUCGGCAGUUCUUUGGCGUCGAGGAAGAUCAGUUCGAUGCGGAUGGCCGGCUCAGGGAGAAGGACUGGCGGUCAGGCUCUGGCUGUUUCCCCUACGGCCUGAUGCCAAUCGACGAGUUUCUCGUCUGCCAGAAGCUUGUCGGGUACCAGCCGCACAUCCGCGACAUCCCCUACGUCCGGCGGCUGCUCUGCACGAGAGGGCUGCCGGUCGAGGUGGCCAUGAGUGUAAUGGAAUUCGCCGACUACACGCCAAAGCGAAAAUUCAAGGUGCCGCACGACCCACUGCACAGGGACAAUAGAGAGGAGCUGGCCAAGUAUCUCGAGUACUGCUGGCAACUCGUGAUCCGCUGCGACAUGAUGGGCAAGGCACUCGGCAUGGAUAUCCCCUGGCAGGAGAUGGUGUCGCAGUGUAUCUCGUCUUUCUGGGGUUGCAAAGACUGUUACCUGGGGAAUUGGUACAAAUGGGAGAUUGACUACGAAACGAGGAAUCAUCGUUGCUCAGUCGCCGGAGGAGUAAUUAGAGGGCGGAAAACUCAGUCGCCGGAGGAGUAA